AUGACUGACUUGAUAUUACCAGCAGUUGGCAACAGACUCCAUCAGUCAGCAGCCAGUUCACACAGUGAACUAGAUCAUCAGACCUGCCGGGGUAGCUCAAUCGGUAGAGCGUGUGGCUCUUAUCUUCUCAGAUAUUCCAAACCUCAAGGUCGCGGGUUCGAGCCCCGCCUUCGGCUAUUCCUAUACACAGCUGACCGUACUUUUUGUUUCUUGCAUCGUGGUGGUGGUAUCGCGGGCUAA